AUGAGCAACUCAGAUCAGCCGUCAGACAUGUCCCAUCCCGCACCGGAGACAGAAGCCGAGCUCGAAGCCUUCCGACAGCGAUGGCGGGAAGAGGUGUCAGCCAGGAACAGACUGGCGAACGAACCGCUGUCAACACGACUCGCAUAUCAGAAGCUGGACCGAGCAAGAGGAGCGCCUGCACCGGCACAUGCGACGGCGACUGCGGGUCCGUCGAAAUCCCGCAACUUCAACCAAGACUUCGAACCCAAGGCAUACCAUGAUCUGCCGGACAAAGAAGAGCAGCUUCAGCUUGGUGGCCAUGGACGAACCCACGAUAGAGACGCAUACCGUGAGCCAAGCUCUGCCCUGGAGCACUAUGAACGUGCUGUAGAGAAGGAGACCCAGGGCAAUCUGUCCGAGAGCAUGCGGCAUUACCGCAAAGCGUUCAAACUUGAUGACGGCGUUCACGAAGCCUACAAGCGAAAGCACUUUCCUCCUUCAUCUUCCGUCAAGCCGAAGCCGCAGAACACCAACCCUUCCAAUGCAUCUGCCACUGUCCCGGGUACCGCCCAUCACUCGCUGCAUGGCAGUGCCGAAGCGUUGCCAGCGACUUUGAAACAGCUGGUCGAUGACUUCGCAUCACUCCGGAUUGAAGCUCCCGCCCCGCCGACGGAUGCCUCACCGCCAGAAAAGUGUCCGAUCGCUGAGCUGCCGGAAGAGAUACUGACUGCCAUUCUGACCGAGCUUGCCGUUAUUGACGUGGCUACGUUCGGCCGCUGUGCUCAAGUAUGCAAGCGACUUGCCUACCUUGUCCUGACAGAGCAAUCGAUCUGGAAGCGGGUGGCCCAAGGUGACGAGGUCGGCUUCGGCGCAAUGCACUACACCUACGCUGUCGAAGUGGAGGGCGACCAGCUCAAUUCCAACGACGACAUAGCACGAUAUCUUGGAGCCUACGAAGAGGACGAUGCAGACAAAGUACUACCACCAAUACCGCAGGAGCGUGCACUGGCCUUCGACACAUUGACCGAACAACUCCUUCGCACAACCUACGCUAACUCGUGGCGGCACAUGUUGCGCUCACGACCUCGAAUACGCUUCAAUGGCUGCUACAUCGCCACCGUCAACUACACACGAGCCGGUGCCACGUCGACUAAUACUCUCACCUGGGGCGCACCAGUGCAUGUCGUGACCUACUUCCGCUAUCUCCGCUUCUUCCGCGACGGUUCGGCGAUCUCCCUCCUGACCACCUCGGAACCAUCUGACGUUGUACACCAUCUCACGAAAGAAAACGUUCACAACCACCACGGCAACUACCUCCCCAGCUCCGUCAUGAAAGACGCCCUGCGCGGUCGCUGGCGUCUGUCAGGUCCGCAUUCUGGGAUGGUCGAUGAAAUGACCGGCGAGCCGGAGACCGAGGGCGAUGUGCACAUCGAGACUGAGGGUACUGUUGCCAAGUACAUCUUCAGAAUCCAUCUAGCGCUGGCGCAUGCGGGUAAGAGCACGAGGAACAAUAAGCUGGCGUGGAAGGGCUUUUGGAGUCAUAACAAGUUGACGGAUGACUGGGGAGAGUUUACGUUAAGGCAUGACAAGGCUUUCUACUGGAGCCGCGUGCGAAGCUAUGGGAGUGGUGUGUAG